AUGUUUAGCAUUGUACGCGGGCAUCGUUUGAUACUCUCCGCCGCGAGCCCUUACUUCGAGAACCUUUUCAAUGGCGAUUAAGGCUUGAAUCAAAAACAAGUUAUCGAAAUAAAUGAUAUCGAUAGCGAUAUUUUUUAACGUUUAAUAACAUUUUGCUACACCGGCCAGGCGCUGAUUACUGUUAACAAUGUCGCUGCAAUGAUAAAGGCGGCAAUUGUUUUGCAAUUGGACGAUGCUAUAACCAGUUGUGUGCGCUACAUUAUGACUCAUAUCAAUGAAUUGGACUAUGGUGCCUAUACACUAGAGCGUGAAACUCAAUGUGAACUUCUUAAUAAGAAUAUUAUCGACUACGAAAUACAAAAUUUCCUGGAGAUCAGCCAAAGUGAUGUUGAAAAAAUGCAAGUCAUUCUGGAAUCUGACAAUUUGAAUAAAGUUUGUGAAGAAAAUGCUUAUGAUGCUAUAAAACGAUGGUUUAAUUACGAUGUUCUCGCUCGUCAAAAACACCUACCACUCUUAAUAGCUUGUCUGCGGCUUACCCAAUUAGGCUUGGGUUUUCUGUUGAGACACAUACAGCCAUUACCUGGUUGUGAGCUACUGGCCUUCAAGGCGAUAUUGUGGAACAGUGAGCCUAAAGCACGAAAAAAGAUAAAUAUCCGAUUUACAGAACCACGAGUGGUCAGUGCUAAAAAUUGUGGUGAGAGAACAUUGCUGGCGGUUCGCUCAUGCAUACCGAAGAUAUAUACGACAUACGACGGUUGGAAGUUCGUGAAAAGUUUGCUUGUUGGACGAGAGGACGCCGGUGCUGUGCCUUUGAAUGGUAAAAUUUACAUAGUGGGCGGUUAUUGUGGUAACACCUCCUUAAAAUCAGUCGAACGCUACAACCCGGAAUCGAACACUUGGACUCCUUGCGCAGAUAUGAGAAAUUGUCACUAUUUGCCUGGGGUGGCAGCACAUAAUGGUCACAUUUAUGUUUUAGGCAAUUGGUGGCGUAAAAGUAACAGAAUUGUUGAACGUUAUGAUCCUCAGCAAAACUCCUGUAUUAAGUUGACUUUUCCCAAUCGUUUGAUAACAAACCAAUUCCCCUAUUAG